AUGGCGCCGCGCACGCGCCGCGCGGUGCACGCCGGGAGCAGCGGCCGCCGCCCGCGCCAGACCACAGCUCCCGCCGUGCAGCGCGGCAGAGCGCGGCAGCGCACCGCAGCGCGCCCCCUGGCGGCCGCGGAGGACCCGACGGGGCGAGCCCGGACGGGACAGGAGCGAGGCUCGACGGCUGGCGGAGCCCAGGAGCCGCGACGCUGGGAUACGGAGCUGCACCGCGCCUCUCCCGGCCCCGAGCCCGGCGUGUCUCCGACCUGGUCACAAACCGGCAACAACCCUGAGCGCGGGGCAGCCCCACGCACCACUCUCCGCCUCUUCCCGCCCACUGGGCCCGUGCCUCGUCCGCCUGCACACCGCGGGAGUCGAGCCCCGCCCCACCCCACCAACUCGCCCCGUGCUCGAGCCGCCCGCGCCGUCGGGGCCGGUUGUCGCCGCCGCGGCCAUGGCCCGUCGCCCGCCGCCUCGCUGCGCCCCGCCGCCAUGAGGCGCGGGGGCCCCGCCGCCCUCGCCGCCUGCCUCGCCGGGGCACUCGCCGUUCUGGCGGAGCCGGCACCGGCUUUUGGACCGGGGGCGGCUGGGGGCGGCCGGCGGCCCCCCCGAAGCUACGGCCACCUAGAAGGCGACGUCCGGUGGCGGCGGCUCUUCUCCGCCACCCGCUUCUUCCUGCGCAUCGACGGUGGCGGCAGCGUGGAGGGGACGCGCUGGAGGGAGCGGCCGGGCAGCAUCGUCGAGAUCCGGUCGGUGCGCGUCGGCGUGGUGGCCAUCCGGGCGGUGCACACCGGCUUCUUCCUGGCCAUGAACAAGCGGGGGAGGCUCUAUGGGUCGAAGGAGUUCAGCCCCAACUGCAAGUUCACGGAGCGCAUCGAGGAGAACGGCUACAACACCUACGCCUCGCUGCGCUGGCGGCACCGCGGCCGCCCCAUGUUCCUCUCGCUCAACAGCAAGGGCAGACCCCAGCGAGGGGGCAAGACACGCCGGCAGCACCUGUCCACCCACUUCCUCCCCAUCCUCGUCAGCUGAGCCCCGCGGGGGGGCU